AUGCAGAAGAAAAUAAAGUUAUAUUCCGAAUCAUUGACGGUUAGAGAUUUAUCGAUUCCAAAUGACUGCAGCAACUGGAAACUGAUUGAUGUUAAAUCCGAGCUUCCCAACCAUAUAGCACAUAACAUGGAAGCCUACGGUAGCGAAAAGAGCUGGAAAAAGCAUAUCUCAACAACUUCGGCUACAGUGGGGAGAAAUAUUCUUGCAAAUGUGAAAUUCAACGUAAGGAUGCGAGGGCAAGCUUACCGGGCCCAAAACAUUACGACCCCCUCACCUUUGAUUGAUGACGACAGAAUGGAUGCCGAAGAGAACGUGGUAGUGCUGGAGGUGGAGGUGGAGGAAGCCAAGAAGGACAAGAUAGUGCUAGUGGAAGCGGAGGUGAUAGUGCCUGAAAGUUACAUUGGUUUUGGAAGCAGAGGUGGUGGAAGCCAAGGAAGAAGUAGUGCCGGUGCUGGCGAUGGAAGCAAAGGAGGUGGUAGUGUUGGAGGUGAAGGAAAUCAAGGAGGAAUGGGUAGAAUGGUGACAGUGAAUGCGGCGUCAUCACAAAGUUGUAUAGCGUAA